CCCUCUAGGGCCAAGUUGUGAGGGGAAGUGGAGCGCGCGCGCCUCCUUUCCCUCAGGAGGGGGGGGCAGGGAAGAAAGCGAGGCGGGAGCGCGCACCAGCUCGCUCUCUUUCCCUCCCCACACAUCUCUCCCCCCCUCAACAACCGUCCCCUCUCUCUCUUUCUCUUCGCCCGACCCCCCCCACCCCCUUCACACAACUCAUGAAGAGAAAGACGCGGAGUGUGACCGUGUGGAGCCAGCGCUCCGGCCGCGCUCCUCAUGAAGCGCAGGGGAAUUUUCCAGCUGGUAAUUUCUGCUGCGUCAACACCCAGCUCAAGGGAGUGGAGAGGAGACAAGGGGGCAUUUUAACAGCAGCUCCACUUCGUGAAAUAGCAAGCCUUUCCAUUCUGGUUUGAUAAUUUUAUUUGAAAAGCAAACAAAAACCACCCCACAGCGUUUAAAAAUAAGCAUCUGUGCAAGUUGGACCCAAGAGCUUGACAAGAGAGAGUGGCUCAAAACUGCUUGGAAGAAAGGGAUGAGACCUGUGUGGAAGCAGUAGCACAAAUAUUUCUAAAUGAAUAAUCGAAAGGAAGACAUGGAAAUUGCCUCCCAUUAUCGUCAUCUCCUUCAAGAACUCAAUGAACAAAGACAGCAUGGCAUCCUCUGUGAUGUUUGCAUUAUAGUGGAGGGAAAGAUUUUCAAGGCUCACAAAAACAUUUUACUUGGGAGCAGUCGCUACUUCAAGACACUGUACUGCCAGGUGCAGAAGACUUCUGACCAGGCAACGGUCACUCAUUUAGAUAUUGUAACAGCCCAGGGGUUUAAAGCAAUCAUUGACUUCAUGUACUCUGCACACCUUGCAUUGACCAGCAGGAAUGUUAUUGAGGUGAUGUCAGCUGCUAGUUAUCUCCAGAUGACUGAUAUUGUUCAAGCUUGUCACAAUUUCAUAAAGGCUGCUCUUGACAUAAGCAUUAAGUCUGAUGCAUCAGAUGAUUUUAUUGAUUAUGAACUUGGAGCAACCUCCAGCAGUAGUACAGAUGCUUUGAUUUCAGCAGUGGUGGCUGGUAGGAGCAUAUCUCCCUGGCUAGCUCGGCGGACAAGUCCUGCAAACUCCUCUGGUGAUUCAGCCAUUGCUAGUUGUCAUGAAGGAGGAAGCACAUAUGGAAAAGAGGAUCAAGAACAAAAAAUGGAUAGUCAUGAUGACAUUUCAUCCCAAUCUCUGUGGUCUAGUGAUAUGGGGUAUGGAUCCUUGCGUAUCAAAGAGGAACAGAGCUCUCCAUCUCAUUAUGGAGGAAAUGAGUUGCAGUCUGCCAAAGAGAGUACAAUGCAGAAUACUUUUUCAGAACAAGGCGCUGCAGAUGGAUGGCAGCCUACUGGGCGCAGAAAGAACAGAAAAAACAAAGAUACUGUGCGCCAUAUUACACAGCAACUGGGAGAUCACAGCAGAACAAGCUCCCCAGUACCACCUUUUCUAUCUGCCCAAGGAUGGCCAUACAGUAGUCGUGAAACAAGUGUGGAUCUGACAGGGGCAGAAUCCAGCAACUCUGACAGCCGAAUAGAGAGAGUGGACCUUUAUGCAAAUGUCGAGGAAGCACUCCUAGGAGGUGAAGCUGGUUAUCUCUCUCAGCCUCUUACUCCAGAGAAGGAAGAUGCGCUCCAGGCUGUAGCAGUUGCUAAUCUGCGAGCAGCCCUUAUGAGCAAGAACAGCUUGUUGUCCCUGAAAGCUGACAUGCUGGGAGAGGAAAGUUCUCUGCUGUUCGAAUACUUACCCAAAGGCACACAUUCACUGUCUUGGUCUGGCACCAACUUGAAUCGUUCAAGGGGUGAAUGUGAUGGCAAAGUGGAAGCAUCAACUCCUCAUCUGCUGCCUUCAUCACACCUUGCCACUCAGAGCCCCACUACCAUCAUCCCCUCUUCUGGUGAAAUAUCACCAGAUACUGUGAAAAGAGUGAUGCCUUCAACUCAGGUCGCCUAUGAUGGAUUUCUAACACUGUGGCAGUUAGAUAGUUCUGAAACAGAUAUAAAUGCAUCACAAUCUGAAGAUGUGGACUUAGUCCACGAGGGUUUGUUCUUGGAUUCUUCUGGCCACAAGAGGCUGAGCUGUGCUUUCUGCAGAAGAUUUUUUGAAUGUGUGGAAAAGCUGAAGGAACACAUUAAGCAACACACUUUCCCCAUGAUUGUCCCUUUUGAUGUAGUGGACUACUCUAGGCCAGUACUGGCUAACCUUUCUGAGCACAUCUCUCCAGGGCAGUUUGCCCGUUUCCAGUGUCCAAAGUGUCCUGCUAGCUUCACACUAAAAUCCAACAUGGAUCGUCAUGAAAAAACAAUCCACUUCAACAGGAAGAAGAUGCAAUGCCCUUGCUGCCUGAAACUGUUCCGAGACAAGACAGACUUAAACCGGCAUCUUAUGUCUGUGCACUCCAGCGAACGUUCGUUUAUGUGUCUUUUUUGUGGCAAGGGCUUUGGUACCCAGAAAAACCUCAGUACUCAUAUGAAAGUUUGCUAUCUGGGUUCUACACAGCCAGUAGCUGAAGAGUUUCUGAAUCGUAUUGAUCAAAAUCAGGAAUCUGAUGAUGAGUAAGAAAACUGUUGGGCAAUGGAGAGACUGAGAUUAAACUCUUAGAAGUGUAUUUCUUAGCUACUUUGACUGGGUAGUGCAUUCUGCUUUGUCAGCAGUCUCAGUGCUCAGUACAGUGUGAAUGGCCAGGUAAUGAAAGAAAGUUGUAAACCUCUUUAUCCCCAGGUUCUAUGGUCAGGAUUCAGAGAGACAUAAAUCUAGGAGAUGCUUCAGACUUAAAGAACAAAUAUAAUUUGUUAUUCAGCAGUAAUAAUCUUAAGAGAAAAUGUUAGAGAAAACAUUUUUGUAGUCUAAACAAGAUUAUUCUUACAGACAGCAUCCCAUAGUCCCAGGGUAGUUCUGCCUGAGUUGCAGUGUCUUCUGGGUAGAUACUUUUAGAUUUUAACAGUAGGUUCAAAAGGUUUUCCAUUCAUUUUCUCAGCACAUUAUUUAUUAAAAACAUUUCUCUACCUCCUCCCCACAUUAUCUGAAUGCAGUAUACAGCAAUAUUAAAAUAUAUAUCAAAAAUACAGGGAGAAAAUGCAACUGAAUUAGUAGGACAGAGUUAUAAUGUACUUGGAUCAACCACCAGCAAAGUUCUGGCAGCACAGAUGUGGUAGAACAUCUGCCUUGCAUGCAGAAGGCCUCUGGCUCAAUCUGCAGUAUCUCUGGGUAGGGCUGGAUGAAACCCCUGCCUGAGAUCCUGGAGAAUUGCUGCUAGUCGGUUUAACUUUAGACAACACUGAGCUAGAUGAACCAAAGAUGUGACAAUGAGAGGCAGUUUCCUGUGUUUUUAAAAGGCAUCUUUUAAAUGCCUUUUUAAAAAAGCAGGAUUCAAGUCACCUGUUGGAUUGGUUGCACAAUUCAAAUAUCGGCAAAUGAAUAUCACAUUCAAAUGAUGUGUCAUGCAGUGAUCAAGAGUAAAUGUUUUGUGAUAUGCAGAUUUCCUGUUUGUUGUAGCAGAUUAAGAAUGCAUUAUGCCUUUUUU